AUGCCGCGCGGACACAAGUACCAGAGAAGUUCAAGCGGCGCCCAGUCUCACAACUCCAACAGAAAGAGAAACUAUCCUCCCCGAAACCAUAGCGCUUCUAUCAAUGCCCAGCAGGAUAUGGGUCCUUUUGAACGUCGCGCCAGCUAUCCUCCUCCCUUCUGGGGUUGGCAGCAUCGUCCUGGCCGCUGGUUCGCCAACCACAACGGUCCAACCCAGCGCCCUUUCCACUCCCCUCCUCCUCCUCCUCCUCCUCCUCAUUUGGUUCCUCAUGAGCUCGGGGGACAAGAGCCGUACUACCCCGUUGUACCUUUCGUUGCGGAUCGUGGUUUCAAUGGCCAAUUCAGGCGUGGGUAUCCGGACUACCAUAACAGACUGUUUCUGGACGAAUACCGGUUUCCUGGCCCUCAUCAGACCUACCAGCCACCCCAUGUUGCAAUCGAUGCCCAAGUCGGACAAGCCGAGCAGGCGUUUGGAGCAGAGAACAUCGCCGAACUAGAAGACAAGCCUGCAGGAAAGAAGUUCCUGCUCCGUGGUGAUGCGCCUGAGUUCGUCCCACGUCCGAAAGAGAGGAAGGAGAAGAAGGAGAAGGAGCCUUGCUGGCUCGUGGUCAGCAGUCAGUGA